AUGGCGUCCACGCUGCUGCAGCAGCCUCUGUGGCGCCAGGCUUGCCGCCGUUUCCUGGCCGCCGCUGCUGGCCGCGCCGCGCUUCGCCCUCAGCCGCGCCGAGAUAAGAAGCGCUGGGCCCGCGCUUACCUGGAUCAGCAGCGCGCGCUCGAGCCCCCGAUGCGCCGUUCUGAAAAACCUAAUUGGGAUUACCAUGCAGAGAUACAAGCAUUUAAUCACCGAUUGCAUGAGAAGUUUUCCUUGGAUGUCCUCAAAACUGCCUUCGUUAAUCGUUGUUACAUUAAAAGUGAAGAAGCCAGACGCAAAAUGCUGGGACUAGAAAAAGAAGACAUUGCUCUUAAUCUCAAGGACAAUCAGCAACUUUCAGAGCAGGGGGCCUCUUUUUCACAUUCUUACCUCACAGAAUGCUUUGAAAAGGCCUUUCCAAAAAUGCCAUCUGCUGGCAUUGAGGCUAUUGUUAACUUUCUCACCGGUGAAGAAUUGGUAUCUUAUGUGGCCAAAAACUUGUCUUUGCAAGACUUGACGCUUUGCGCAGAAUUUCCUGUACCACCUACUGUGCUUCAACAAACUUUCUUUGCUGUAGUAGGAGCAUUGCAUCAAAGCAGCGGCCCUCAGAGAACAGAGAUCUUUGUCAGGGACUUCUUCAUUCCUCAGUUGAUAGGGAAAGACCUGUUUGAACUUUGGAAUGUAGUAAACCCCAUGGGCCUGCUGGUGGAAGAACUGGCCAAGAGGAAUGUGUCUGCUCCAGAGCCAAGACUAACAAGACAGUCAGGAGCUAGCACUGCCUUGCCCGUGUACUUCGUUGGAUUGUACUGCGACAAGAAGCUUCUGGCAGAAGGAACUGGUGAAACAAUAUUGGCUGCUGAAGAAGAGGCUUCCCGUGUGGCCCUCCGGAAACUUUAUGGGUUUACUGAGAAUAGGCAACCCUGGGAUUAUUCUUCUCCAAAGAGGGAGCAGAGAGCAGAAAAUUUAAUUAGCAGCAAUUAGGCAGGACAGUUUGCUCCUGCUUUGUGUACAAACCUUGUUCCAAAUGAUGAU